AAGACUAGUUUAAAGCCUAAGCAUUGUCUCAAGAUAAUCAUUGAUAUUAAUUGCAAAUCAAUUUGUGACAAAAAAAUUACGAACAGCUUAAAUUUCUUGGAAUUUUCCUAUUAAUCUUUUCUGAAAGAUGGUUGUGUAUAUCUUUGCCCUUUUUCUGAUAAUUCCUGCUUGCAACACCUCGAAUGACAUUUGCCAACGUUCACAAAGUGUCUUCAUGAAAACAAAAGUUAGUGGCUAUACUGUUGCAGAAAAAGAUAUAAUUUCAAGUAUUGUCGUCGGCAGUCUCAUUGAAUGCUCUAUGAAUUGUCUUCAACAAAAACAGUGUGUUGGCUUUAGCUAUCUAAUCGAUGCAAAAGAACAUGAGAUAAACUGCCAAACCAGCAAGAUGACAAUAAAUACUAGUGAAAGAAAACUGUCCUUAAAAGGAAAAUGGACUUUUUAUCAAAUUCCUAAGACGACCUACGGACUUCUUGGAGAGGAUAAGAAAGCAACAGACUGUGCUGAGGUACAAAAAAAUGGGAAGAACGAAAGUGGAGUUUAUCAAAUUGAUCCAGAUGGCCAAGGAUGUUUCAAUGUCUACUGUGACAUGGCGUCACGUGAUGGUGGUUGGACUGUGUUUCAAAGACGACUAGAUGGAAGUGUUGAUUUUUAUCGAGGCUGGAAGGACUAUAAAGAAGGAUUUGGUAAUCUCAGUUCUGAAUUUUGGCUAGGAUUGGAUAAAAUAAAUAGACUAACAUCUGCAAAACGAAAUAAGCUUCGUAUUGAAAUGGGAGACACAUCAGGAAACAAAAGAUAUGCUGAAUAUGAUUAUUUUAUGGUAAAGAAUGAGAGCUCUUUGUUUGAAUUAAAUCUUGGAACAUACUCAGGAAAUGCUAAAAAUUCAUUAACACCCAAGCAUAACUACAUGAAGUUUACGACAAAAGAUGCAGACCAUGAUAGUUGUGAAGGAAAUUGUGCUAUCAAAUAUAAAGGAGCUUGGUGGUAUAAUUGUUGUUAUGAUUCCAAUCUUAACGGCUACUAUUAUCAUGGCUUUCAUGAGGGGUAUAAAGGUGUGGUUUGGAGAAGUUGGAAAGGAAUGAAGUACUCUCUAAAAUCCACUGAAAUGAAAAUAAAACCAUAAUUUUUUCGAUUUUCUGAUGUAAUUGUAAAAUAUUUACUCCACAAAAUAUAUAAAUUAAAUGUCGCUCAUUUUUGUGAUACAAUUUGUAGUUAAGUCUUCGCGAAUAAAUAUACAUACACACUUAUUAAUUAAAGAUAGUGUCUAAAAAGUUGUUUGUAGAAGUCAAGGGUGUAUUUACAGUUAUAAAUGAAGGUGUAUUUAUAAAUCUAAAUAAUAGCAUGUAUAUCAACUGUUUGAAAA